AUGCACGGCCGGCGCCUGGUCAAGCGCUCCAUCCUCGGCAGCCGAGUGUACGCGCCGAGUCCGACCGGCGACGGCGCUCCGGUCACCGGAGUGGUCCAGGCUGUCAAGCAGGAGAGCGGCGGGGAAGCAGCGGCGGCCGCCGGGGCCCGGCGCGGCGGCGGAAGCACCAACACCAGCAGCGUUUACACGGUGCUCAUGCCAGACGGCAGCCUCAAGGAGUUCGCCGAGGAGGAGAUAGCCGCCGCGGGCUUCAACCACACUAAGGGACCGCUCAAGUCCAGCUUGAAGAACUCCAUUAACGGAGGCCCGGAAGGGCACAGGAGCGACUGCCCCGAGGCGGCGGCGGAGGGCGACCACCGCGAGAGCAACGGCAAACGGAUGGACGCCUGUCGAUCCGUGUCACUGCUGGAGCAGAAGCGCAAGGUGGUCUCCUCCAGUAUCGACGUCCCACACGCUAGGCGGUCAGAGGAGGAAGUGGACAUGGACAAGGUGACUGCAGCCAUGGUGCUGACCAGCCUGUCCACCAGCCCGCUUGUCAGGAGUCCGCCCGUCAAAGUUAGCGAGGCCCUGAGCGGCUCGUGGAAGGAGAACGGCUGCGCGGGUCCCUUCACGCCGUCCAGUAACAGCUCGUCGGGCGGCUACUGGAGCUGGUCGGCGCCCAGCGACCAGUCCAACCCGUCCACGCCGUCUCCGCCCCUGUCGGCCGACAGCUUCAAGCCCUUCCGGGUCCCCGGCGGCGGGGCCCUCAACGCCGAGGACCCCUGCCUGGAGGAAACGGACGGCAGCAGCUUGCUCUUCGACGAGCCCAUACCGCGUAAGCGCAAGAACUCCAUGAAGGUGAUGUUCAAGUGCCUGUGGAAGAACUGCGGCAAAGUUCUGAGCACGGCCGCUGGCAUCCAGAGGCACAUCCGCACCAUCCACCUGGGGCGCAACUGCGACUCGGACUGCAGCGACGGCGAGGAGGACUUCUACUACACGGAGAUCAAACUCAACACGGACGCGUCGGCCGAGGUCCCGGGCGGCCUUUCGCCCGCGUCGCCCUCGGCGCUUGUGCCGCCCCGGCCGGACGGACCGCCGCCCUUGCCCUCGCCCCCGCCGCCGCCCUGCACCAAGGAGCCUCACGCCGGCAGCGCCACGCCGCUCAGCCGCUCCGCGCCCAGCGCGCUCUACCUCAUCCACGCCGACCACGCCUACCAGGCCACGGCCCCGGUGUCCAUCCCGUCCAACGGCGCCCCCGCCGACCCGGCGGCGUCGUACAGCUUCACGCCCACCAACGGAUCGGGCUUCAGCAUCUCCUGGCAAUCGCCGCCCGUCGCCUUCACCGGCAACACGGUGUCACCCAGUAAGAGUCAAGGCUUCGCCGAGCAGCGCUCCCAAACCAUCGCCGUCCUCUCCUCGCCGCCCAGAGCCACGGCCGCCCUCAGUCGUAAAGUGCGCGGCGAAGGCAAAAAGUGCCGCAAAGUGUACGGGAUGGAGAACCGCGACAUGUGGUGCACCGCUUGCCGUUGGAAGAAGGCCUGCCAGAGAUUCACCGACUAG